AACAACGAUACUAUAUGCAUAGGCUGAAAUUUUUAAAUGUUGUCAAUUGAAAUUUGUUUUGUCAUUACGCAACUAAAGUACACAUACGCUUGCACCAAACGCUUAGCUAGCAAUGGCUAAGCCAGAAACCACAGAGGCCAACCAGCCACGCAUCGACAAACUGGAGGAGCAGGCACACCAAAUGCAGAAAGACCAAAAAGAGGUGGACAUCUAUCGGCACACCUUCAUACGAUACAUGGGCUACAGCAACGAGGUGGGCGAGGCUUUCCGUCCGCUUGUGCCCAAAUCAUUUGUAGCCGCAUCCUAUGGCAUGGCCAUUGGCUAUGUGUGCACCGAUACAUUCGAUAAGGCGCUGCGCCAUCAAAUGGCCGGCGGCACCGAUCGCGAGAUGCUGCUCAUGGGCGCCGAUGUGUUCACCUGGCAAAUGCUGGCCUCUGUCCUAAUACCCGGCCUGACCAUUAAUCGGAUCACCGCGAUCAGUCGUUCCCUGCUGAAAAAGUCGCCCAGCAUUGUGCUCAAGACGCUGCCAACAAUCAUUGGACUGGCGAGCAUACCCCUGAUAGUGCAUCCCAUUGACCACAUGGUGGAUCGCCUGAUGGACGCCACCUAUCGCAAAAUGGUGCGGUGAUAAGCCGCCGAUCCUGGCACUCAGCAUGCGGUUCCCUUCGCUUUUUUUUAAAUUUCUAAUCCGUGUAGUUUGGAUAUAUAAAAAGCUUUCCAAGCAUUC